UUUGUCGGAGGUAAAAAAUGGCUUCAAGUCCUGUUCAAGAAAGCGAACUUGAUCAAGAUCAAGAUCAAACGAAUAACUCGGCAGAAACUAUGCGCAACGAUGAAUUAGAACAAAUUUCGUAAGUAACUAGUUUUUAAAAAAUUAUUUGCCUCGUUAAACUUUUCUCGUUUGUUGAUUUGAGUGUUGAAACUUGCAUAGUUGUUGCCGCCAACUCGUUGAAUUAAAAAAACUGCCAUCAUUUGAAGUUUGUUUUGUUUGUGAUUUAAAUGAAAUCUGUAAACAAGUUGUUCUAAUUAAAAUUACAGUGCAAUACAAUAAUUCUCAAUUGGGAUUUAAAUGCGUAGAAAGGUUUCUUUAUUUAUAUAUGAUUGGAGUUUAUAGUUGGUAUAUUUGAAAGCGAUUUAUAUGGCGCUAAAAAUUGCGUAAAAUUUCAAAAUAAACCGAUGUCAAAGGAAUUUAAACUGUUUGCUGCUCAAUUGCGCUUUAAUGGCAUGUGUAGUUUUAGAUUUUAGGUUUUUAAAAGGAAAUUUUUAUUCAUAACAAAACAUUUCAGGCAUUUUUCUUCAGCUCUUUUAAAAUAUUGGUUUUCAAGGAAGCAACAGCUAAACUAAAUUAUUAAUAGCUUUAUGACACAAAGUUAAUAUACAAAAAGAGUCUUAUUCAUUAAGACUGAGUCAACAUUCAACAAGAGAUCAAUCGUGGAAAAUCAAGGAUGCAUAUCCUGAGUUUUAGAGAUUGAUGAUCUGUCUAGAUGAACUUGAGCGAUGAAAAGAUAGUUUGUCUGAUAAUGUGCCUGUAUAUAUAAGCACAGUAAAUACAUGUAGACGGGUCAUCUGUGAAGAAAACGUUCUGCAUUGAUCGUCUACACAGAUGAGACUAAUUUAUUAAUUAUUGUGAUGGAUGAUCUGUCUAAAAAUGGUGUUAUAGGAAUUACGAGGAAAAUAUCUGACGUGAUUUGUUCCCAGAAUCAUUUCUAGUAUAGAUCACAGAUUAUAAACACCGGGAACCUGACAAUUGUGAAUCAUUUACUGGGGGUGUGUAUACCCCAGCCCUGGCCAGAAGGGGUGCUAUUUUUCAUGAUAAAGCAAAAAUAUAUUAGAGACAAAAUGAGAUACAGUAAUUUGAGUAAUAACAUGAUGAUAAGCGAAUUGUGAACAUUUAAGUAACCCAAGCACCCGACCAAAUCAAUGCUGAAUCAUUUACUGGGGGUAAUCAAUGCUGAAUCAUUUACUGGGGGUAAUCAAUGCUGAAUCAUUUACUGGGGGUAAUCUAUGCUGAAUCAUUUACUGAGUAAUAACAUGUUGACAAGUGAACUGUGAAGAACAAUUACAAUUCAAAUACAGCAGUCGGGCAAGUUGAUGGGCGGGCAGCACACAUGACUGACACAACUCGGGACCAGAGCUGGCAGAGCAACCCCCCCCCCCCCAACCAGAUCAUGCUGGAUCCAUCCCUGGCUGAAUGAUAACAGGCCCUAUAGUUGCAUUUUUGACAGCUACUUGUGGUCAGGUCAAAGCAAAUGUAUAACAUUUACACUCGAACUUUCCAUAUACAGAAUCGUUCAGCAUAAUAGAUGACAGAUUUUAUGUUGCUUGUGAUGUUACUCUGAGUGUUUAUCCACACCGGGCAGGCUUGAAAAAUAUGCCUGGCCACGGUGGGAAUCGAACCUACAACCUUUGGAAUACUAGCCCAAUGAUCUGUCAACUGAGCUACAUGGUCAUGUCGGUUCGAGUAUGUGAUAUUUUGGAACUGAGUCUAGUUCCUUCGGUUUGGCAGAUAAUGAUGUUCUUAUAAUUACCGGCAUAAAUCAUCAAAUUAUGUACCCAGUAUUUACAUCAUAACUAUAGAUGGUACCACCCAAACAUGAACAGACAUAUGUCUGAAGGUUUGUUGAUGGCAAAUGGUGAAGAUGGCAGUUACCUUCUCAGACCCAGCAAGAAAGAGGGACAGCUUUCACUCUCUGUCAGGUACGGAAAUUUUCUCUCCCUUUUUAAGCCUGGUAGGAUUGUCAAUAGACAAAACCCAUUAUAGACUAAUUUCAAAACUAAGCAAAGAAAUGCAAAUAAAUCACCACAGCUAGAAAGAACAUACUAAAAUGAGUAAAAUUGCAAAGUUUGGUUGCAAAAUAUUGUAAAAUGCGGGAAAUAUAGCCUUGCAAAGUUUGCAAAUUUUGUAUACUUUUGUAUUGUGUGCGGAAAUUGUUACCAUUUUCGGCCCAUUAAUGUGGUAGCAAUUUCCGCAUGCAAUACAAAAGUAUACAAAAUUUGCAAACUUUGCAAGGCUGUAUUUUCCACAUUUUACAACAUUUUGCAACCAAACUUUGCAAUUUUACUCAUUUUUAUAGUAUGCUCCUUCCGGGAAUAUACUUUUUUUUCCAAGAUAAAAAAUAGUCUACAGUAAUUGGAAUUGUGGUGUUUGAGGAAAGAUUGCCCCCUGCCCCUGACAGAAAAUCUGAACCCUAUUAAUAAUUGCCCCUCCGCAGUUGUUACGCCGAAGGGAAAUUAUUGAUUCAUAAAACUCAACUAAAUUUUGUUCACAUGUAGGUGUGCAAACUCUGUGAAACAUUUCCAAAUUGGUUGGGACGGACAUAAAUACACAUUUGGCAUGGGGAAAUUUGACUGUUUGAGUGAAUUUGUUGAACAUUUUGAAAAUAAACCUUUAAUUGGUGGCGAUUCAGGUUUGUUGUGAGGUCAUUUGUUGCAAUAAAAUGUGCAUGUGUUGGUGGUACAGUUGCAAAAUAAAACGAUGCAAUGACAUUUUACUAACUUGUAGGAAUUCUGACUUUACUCAAAUACCCUUACCCUCGAGAUGUGGAAGAACCGAACGAGUAUGAAACUGUGAGAGUACAUGCCGAAUGGGGCAAAAGUCGUGAUCGGAGCGUACGUGAUAAAGGCAAUCUAGCUGUGAGUAUCAGCCUAAAAUAUUUAUAUGCAUUAAGGCCAAGUAAAAAAAUAACUUUGUUUGAAAAAAAACCUCCCUACCCAAUUAAUCAGGGAAAAAGGAUGGUAACUAUUAUUUUUUUUUAACUUGGGCCCACUUGACCUAAUCUGCACUUUAUAUAAGAGGCCCACCAAGGGGUUAUGAUUGACAGGCGACAUUCCUUAAAAAGAGGCGACAAACUAUCUAAAAAAGAACGCUGUGGCAAAUGACAGCUUCUGACUGAGAAAAAGCGACAAUUUGUGAUUUGUGUUAUGGGUCAAAAGUGACACCGACAUUUAUUACAAUAAAACAAGUGACAUUAGCAGCUACAAAAUUAGUGACAAGCGACCAGGGGCGUGGCGAACGAUUCCAGAUUGGGGGGCGUCAUACCAUAAUGACCAACUUUUUCAAUGAAAAUGACCAACUUUUUUGUCCUUGAAAAAAAUUUUCGGACAUAUCCAAAUUUUUUUUCGCGACAAAAAAUUUUUCGGAUAUCACAUUAUUUUUGUUAAUAAUAUAAUAUUUCCUUUAAUAUUUAAAUAAUUCCUAAUUGACCAACCAUUUGCAAAUUUUGACCAACUUUACAAAGUUCAAAAUUAUUGGGGGGGGGGGGCAUGCCCCUGCAAGCGUCACCUAAGUCACACCCUUGGUGGGCCUCAUAUAAGUUGAAUGACUAGUGAGUGGAAUGACAGUGGAUUUUUAAAAAAUCAAUGAAAUGACAAUGAAACAUUCUGUGCUGCACAUAGUUAUAAUUAACAUUUUAAAAAGUUUGAUUUAUGAAAUUUAUUUUAUAAAGAUUGCCACACGCGAGGGAUAUCUUACGAAGCAAGGUGGACGAAUAAAGGUACUUUGAAAUUAAUUCUGAUAAAAUGCAUGGAUAAAGUCAAAUAAUGCAUAUAGCGUGCUUGCGGACUUAAAUCUUUGACAACUAACUACUGGCCCAGAUGAAGGGCCUUCGCUCGAAACAUUGAAUUUCAGUUUAUAUUUUUCAAGUGGUUUUUCUCGACUACACCACGGCUGUCUGUUAUCAUCUCGACCUACACUGGCAUCGACUGUUCAAGAUUUUAUUUAAAUGUCUAAUUCUUUUAUUUCUAGAACUGGAAAACGAGAUGGUUUGUGGUUGUUGCGAAUGAUCUAAAAUACUAUAAAGUUAAGGGGGUAAGUGAACAAUUUUCUGUUCCAGUUUGUGAGCUGCAAGGUAUUAAAAUUUUAAAAUUAAUUGAUACAAAAAUAUUCCUCUGUAGGACAAUCUACCAUUAAGAACAUUGGAUUUAACAAAAUGUGAAGAGAUUGAAGAAGAUAAGAGUCAGGGGAAAGCAAACUGUUUCAAGUAAUUUUGGUUAAUAAUAUCCUUUUUAUUGUAUUCUUUAUAUACUGUAAAUGCCUUUCAAAAAUGUUUAACCCAUUGAGCACCAGUGCUCUGACCCCUUGACAUGUAAAAUCAUCUGGCAUAUUUGACAGAGUAAAGUUGGGUUGCAAUGCAAAUAAGUUAAUGUAUUAAUAAUUCUCAGUAUAUUAUAUUAUUUGUUACAAUAUUUUUUUGUGAUUGUUAUUCUAGGAUUGUAAUGCCAUUUAGAACGUUUUAUUGCUACGCAAGUUCGAAACAAGAAGCAGAUGAGUGGGUUAAAUUAUUACGCUGGAAAAUGGUAAAUUUUUUAGUAGCAGUUUUAGUAUUCAGAGUCUUUUCCCUUACAGAUGACUUUAAACAUGGAUUGCCGUACUUUAUUAUUUAACUGCAUAUCACCAGGCAAUUUUACCUUUUUUUUCAACUUGUAUAGGGUUCAGGAAAUCACAACAGAAUUAAUAGCAAGCGAUGACAAGGUUUGGUCUUAUCUGCUGGUAGAAUAUACUUAGCAGAGUAAUGGUCAUUCAAUAGAAUCUAGUGUACAGUAUAUGUAGUAUUUAUAAACCAUAUUCAUUGAAUAAUUAUAAUUUACGACAAACACAUGACAGAACAUGUUGUCAGAGACAUAUUCAUUGAGUAAUUAUAAUUUAUGACAAAGACACAACAGUAAUAUGUUGCCAGAUUGUCAGUGUAGACGUAGAAUUUACUGUAAGAAAUUGGGACUUUUUGGGUCUUUAUAUACUGAGUGAGAAAAUAUUUUACUGUUAUAUUGAUGUAUAUUAGAUUAUGAUUUUUACAGAAUUGCUGUUUGGGUGAGCAAAUAUUUUAUGUUUUACUGUUAUAUUUUUGGAAGAUUUUUAAUAGACUGGCUUUUAAUAGGUGAACUUUUCUGUGUGGCUUUAUAUAUAGUAAGAAAUAUCAUAAAAUUAUUGACACACUGCAAAAGUAGUGACUGUUUAUAUAUAUUGUACUGCAAUUGUUAAUUUUUGGACCUAGUUAUUGGUAUCCAAAUAUAGAAAACCUUAGCAAAUCAAAGUAUUAGAAAUGAUUCUGUAUCUUUACAUUUUUUAAUAUUGAUGUACAAAUUAUAUCAAUUAAGUGUUAACUUUAAGGACACUGUUUUUUCCCCUCAAUAUUCAUGCAUUCAUUGUAUUUCCAUACGUGAUUUUAUGCUCUUAAUUUAUAAAAAUAAAGAUGGUAUUAAAAAUGUUCUAGUCUCUCUAUUUGGUUGUUUUUAUAAAGCUUUAUUAUUGUCAUUAUAUAUCUGAAUUUCUAUGUUGGAUCAAAUCGAAGUGGUGUCAUAUGCAUUGCAGGCUUAUUGAAAUACUGCAUUAGAAUUCGUGACAUUGGAAUCUCCGGUUUUCUGUUAAUGACCACACCCUUAACCCGCAGCCUAGCUAGGCUUGCCUCUGAGAUAUCCCGGCAAUCUUUAACGUUGAGGUACUGCAGCUUGCUACAAUAUUCUCCAAUCAUUUUGAUCGAUCGAUUCGUAACUCUCCAACAACCGUCAAGCUCGAACCUCGUGAGUUCUGCGAGCUGACGGCUCAGAAUGUGAAGCGACGUAUCGGUUAUUCCAUAACAGCCGUUCACACUAAGUUGGGUUAUUUUUGGACAUGACAUCACCAAAGUAACCAAGCAUUCAUUGUCAACUUCCCAGCAACCACUUAGAUCAACAAUUUCAAGCAUUUUGCAAGAUUCGGCUAAUUUUAUAAUACGCUCGGACGAAACCCAUCUGCACUCUCUCAAGUGAAGUUGAACUAAAUUCCUGCAGCAUUCGGCAACUGUGAAUAGACUUUGAUUGGAUAAACUAUUGCAGCCAUUUAUAUUCAGUGAAAUUAGGUUUGAAUUUCUUUGUAAAACGUUCACUAAAGUCGCAUCUUUGAAGGUUUUGCAGUUCUCAAGGCUAAGCUUUUGCAAAGAGCGCGAAUCCUUCGUAAUCUGUACAAAUGCCUCUUCUGUCAGCUUGCUUGAAACGGGAAAGCAGUUCAAGUUAGUGCAGUAUUCGAAGUAGGCUAAGCACAGCUCAUUAAAUGUUCUGCUCGUCCGACGAAUUCUGGCAACAUCGGACAAAGGAAGGUUGUAAAAUAUGUGCGAGAAUAUAACAUCUUGCCAAGGUAGUGUUAGGAAAUUAAUACUGGUUUUAUUCUCUUCAAAUUUCGCAAAACUUUCCAUUGUUUAUAUUGAGUUGAAUUGUGUUUUUGUUCGCCAUUGUUUUUAGUUACCAGUAAUUCUUG